AUGUCUAACAUGUGGACUUUCACUUUUGUUUUGGUUGCAAUAAUCGCGGAGGUAUACUCCCGAUAUUUCCCAAGCUUUGAUACAACCCACCGUCUUCAAGUAGAAAAAGGGCAAUAUGUGGAAGUAGAAUUGGAGCUAAAGAUGGACUAUAAUUCACCUGAAGUACCUUGUGCUGAUGAGGAAUAUCUUGAGAUCCGUGAUGGGUAUAAUCAGUCUGGAAAUCUUUUGGGUGUAUUUUGUGGAAGAUACGUUCCUCGCUUUAAAAUACGUUCCAGUGGACAGAACAUGUGGUUAAGAUUUUCACCUACCCGUAGACACCAGCUAUUGCACAGAUAUUAUGAGGGAAAAGCACUAAGUGCAAGAGUUCCCACCAACCUGAGAAACGUCGCAAAGACACAGUUUGUUCUGCUCGACCAUUCGUCAUCUUUGUGGUGCCCGGCGGAAGGUGGACCAGCUCCUCGCAUUGUUUGGAGAAAGAAUGGCGCUGUUUUGCAAAACAGCACUAGUGUGCGACUUCAAAUCAACGUCACUGAAGAAGAGAGAAAUACAACUUACAGCUGCGAAGUGGACGACCAUGGCCGGUUGAAGAGGAAAAACAUCAGUCUUGUUGUCGAGAAGUGCCCUCAACAGUGCCAAUGCAAAGUCCUUAAAGGUAACAUGAGGAGCUUAGUAUCGGUCGACUGUGGAACGAAACAGCUUAUGUCAAUUCCAGAGAAAAUUCCUCAAACUACAGGCAAACUGGACCUGUCCAAAAACAAGUUGCAGAAGUUGCCAGCAGGGGCUUUUAGUAACAAUACAAGGCUGGAACAUCUUGACUUGUCCUAUAAUGAACUGGAACAGCUGCCCCCAAAAGCUUUCUAUGAAAUGUAUCAACUUGAAGAACUUUUCCUGAACAACAACAACAUAAAGAACUUGUCUUCUGAUCAACUACCUAAAGAUUAUUCUACGAAAUAUAGAUUUAAAAACCUAACCCUAGACUUCAACAAACUGGAGACACUUCCUCCUGAUAUAUUCAAACGCUUCAAGCUAAAUGAUCUGUGGCUUGGAAGCAACAACUUAAAAAACUUAUCCGAAGAUCUAUUCACUGGGCAAGAUGAGUUAAAAUAUUUACGGUUGAGUGGCAAUCGGCUGGAAAAGCUGCCUCCAAAAAUUCUUCAAGGAUUGUCCGCCUUGGAGGAACUUUCUGAAGUGGAAAUUCCGAGCUGUUUUAACAGUGAUUUCACGAGCGAUCCACAUUCACAACAUAUAGACGCCAUUUUGAUUUGGUGA